AUGGGUCUCUGGGAGUCAUCCUUGGCGCGUCCCCAGAUCAGUGACGGAGUAUGCACCGACUUAUUGAGCUUUUGUUUCCGUGGUCCAGUAGCCUACGACGAACAACAACCGUUGUUCAUUGAUGCAGAAGACCCCUCGCGUUCUUUCAAUGCUCGACAAUUCAGGAUCCUUGUGCGAACGCUUAUCGCCGGUUUGAAGGCUCAUCAUGUGCAGCGGGGAGAUUGUGUACUGGUUCAUUUGGGGAACAAUAUCAUAUACCCCGCACUGUUUUUUAGUGUCAUCGGAGCAGGGGGCGUGUUUAUGGGAUCGAAUGCUCGGAGUCAGCCUCAGGAAUUGGAACAUAUCCUUCAAUUGGCCGAACCAAAACUGAUCAUCACUACUCGCGAAGCGCUAUCGACUGUCCUCAAUGUCUCCGUCAACAAAGGAAUGCUCCCGAGCCAAGUUUGUCUCCUGGACGAGAUGGCGACAGAUCAUAUUGCGCACCUUUUCGAGUCUGGCGCCGCUGACGUGCCGUACUUUUCGGACACUGGAGACGAGAGCUAUCUGAACUUUGCCAACUUUCUUGGGUACGGUGAGAAUGACUGGAUCACCUUCAACGAUGAGCAGAUUGCCAAAUCCACGCCAGCAGCCAUGUUUUCCACUAGUGGCACUGGUGGGCUACCAAAAGCAGCACUGCUGUCGCACCACGCAAUCGUCUCACAGCACCUCACGAUCAACUACGAUGUGCCGUACGCAGCGAGCCGGCUUAUCUCGCUGCCUAUGUUCCAUCUUUUUGGCGCGCUGUGGACGCACAUUUUCCCGAUCCGCUACGGACAGCCGCUCUUUGUCUUGCCCCGGUUCGAAAUCACCCAGUUUGUCACAGCGGUGUAUCAGUACCAAAUCACCGAAACCUACAUGGUCCCCGCCAUGAUCCAUACCUUCAACCGCUGUACCUUACCGGUGACAGAUUACUUGUCGUCGCUGCGGUACGUCGGGGUCGCGGGCGCACCCGUGGACGGCGCUUCGAUGCAGCAGUUCCGCGAGCUGCUCCAUUUGGACGCGUAUGCGUCGCAACUCUGGGGAAUGACAGAGGUUGGGGUGGUUUUCCAGAACCGAUACGGGCAGCAGGGGAAUGCCGGAAGUAUUGGGAGCCUGUUGCCGGGAUAUGAAGUGCGGCUAGUUGGACAGGAUGGCAAUCUAGUAGUAGACGAGAACAAGCCCGGGGAACUAUAUGUACGUGGCGCCGGGUUGCUCAUUGGCUACCGGGGAAGAAAUGAUGCCAAGGAUGCACAAGGGUGGUUCCGCACUGGGGAUGUGGCUUAUGUCAACCAUGGUCUUUACUAUAUUGUUGGACGAACGAAGGAACUUAUCAAAGUUCGAGGAUGGCAAGUCGCUCCGGCCGAACUCGAAUCCGUUCUGCUCAAACAUCCAGGAAUUGAAGACGCCGCUGUAACUGGCGUCAUCUCUAAAGACGGAAGCACCGAAGUGCCCCGUGCAUUUGUGGUGCGGGCCAAAGGAAUCUCAGGAACCUGCAUCACGGCGGAGGAAAUAUACCUGUUCUGCCGCGGGCAACUGGCCAGCUACAAGGCUCUCGACGGGGGGGUUAUCUUUGUGGAGGAGAUCCCGCGUACGGCGAGUGGGAAGAUCCAGCGGUUCAAGCUUACGCAGAUGAAUACAUACCGGGAGAUUGUGAGUUCGUUGCUUGCGAGGUUCAAGGGCGCGAGUUUACAGACGGUUGGGAUUAUGCAUCAGGGGCGGAUUUCGGUUUAG